AAAUAGAAGGCGGCGUUUUCAGUGAAGGACAAAUAUGCUAACGAUAGCUAAUCCCGCCGCUGGAGGCAUACCUGACAAGGCGUGGCAGCCACACUUUGUGACCCUAGAAACAUCAAUGGGCGAAAUAACUGUGGAACUUUAUUGGAAGCACGCGCCCAACACUUGUCGCAACUUUGCGGAGCUCUCGAGACGUGGCUAUUACAACAACGUGGUAUUCCAUCGCAUAAUCCGCGAUUUUAUGAUACAGGGUGGCGAUCCGACGGGUACAGGGCGUGGAGGUACUUCGAUAUAUGGCACAGAAUUUGGCGACGAGAUCCACGGGGAUCUGAAACACACAGGCUCUGGGAUACUGUCAAUGGCCAAGUCAGGUCCGGACACCAACGGAUCGCAAUUCUUCAUCACACUGGCCCCGACCCAAUGGCUUGAUGGCAAGCACACGAUCUUUGGGCGUGUCUAUACUGGGAUGCAGGUUGUUAAGCGUAUUGGCAUGGUGGAAACGGAUAAGAACGACCGACCCGUCGAUCCGGUGCGAAUUGUUAAGACGAAGGUGGAUAAACUUUAGUGCAGAGUAUUCAUGAUAUUUUUGAUUAUAUGCAAUUGAAUGAAAACAAGAAAUUAUAAAUGACUAGAAAUUUUGUUCCGCCUUAAAUAAAAGCACACGUCGGAUUGUUUGUUGGUGUCUCGGCUGUGGUCGUCACCAUUUCCAGUGCGGAGGCGAAGAUUACACCGCCGCCAACUUCGUCCUACAUAGUGUUGUCUAGCAUGUC